AAUAAAGGAAAAAUAUUACUGGACCAAUACAUGUGACAAACUGUCCAAUGGUCAAGGAUCCGCAUGACUUGGACUAGUAUAUAUAAACAGUUUUACCUAAUUAAAACUUCCAUGGAACUUUUUUCUCUAUUUAUUUAAGAUCAGUUUUAACAAGAUGAAACUAUUAGUUAUUUUCUUGUAUUUCAUCUACUUAUUCCAACAUGUUAGAUCAAAUGAGAUAAUUAGUGAUGGAUUUAUAAAAACAGAAGGGGUACAUUUUAUGUUAAAUGAGAGUCCAUUUUAUGCAAAUGGAUUCAAUGCUUAUUGGUUAAUGCAAAUUGGCUCUGACCCAUCACAGAGAGAUAAAGUUUCUUCUACUCUUCAAAAUGCUGCUACUCAUGGCCUUACUGUUGGUAGAACUUGGGCUUUUAGUGAUGCUGGUUCUUCACCUCUUCAGUAUUCUCCUGGUUAUUACAAUGAAAAUAUGUUUCAGGGUUUGGAUUUUGCAAUUUAUGAAGCUGGGAAAAAUAGGAUUAAGUUAAUCCUGAGCUUGGUUAACAACUAUAAUGACUUUGGAGGAAAGAAACAAUAUGUGGAUUGGGCAAAUGGUCAGGGACGAUCUUUAUCGUCUGAGGAUGAUUUCUUCACAAACUCUGUUGUUAAGGACUACUUCAAAAACCAUAUUAAGACAGUUCUAACAAGAACCAACAGCAUAAGUGGAGUAGCAUACAAGGAUGAUCCAACCAUAAUGGCUUGGGAGCUUAUGAAUGAGCCCAGAUGUAAUUCUGAUCAAUCUGGAAAUACUAUGCAGGCUUGGAUUAGUGAAAUGGCAUCAUACAUUAAAUCCAUAGACAGUAAUCACCUAGUAGAAGCUGGACUAGAAGGAUUUUAUGGAUAUUCAGAUGCUCAAAAGCUGCAAUUUAAUCCAAACUUUCAAGUGGGGACAGACUUCAUUACAAAUAAUCAAAUUUCACAGAUUGAUUUUGCCACUGUCCACUCAUACCCUGAGCAAUGGUUGACCGGUCAAGAUGACGAAGCGCAACUUAAUUUCCUAACCAAUUGGCUCAGUGUCCACAUUCAAGAUGCACAAUCAAUUCUCAACAAGCCUAUUAUAUUUGCUGAGUUUGGUAAAACAUCCAAAGGCCCUGGCUAUACACCAGAGAAGAGAGACACACUGUUCAACACUGUAUAUUCCUCUAUAUAUGGAUCAGCUAGUGGUGGCGGGGCGGCGGCCGGAGGGAUGUUCUGGCAACUUAUGGCUGAAGGAAUGGAUUCAUAUAGAGAUGGAUAUGAGAUAAUAUUUAGUGAGUGUCCCUCUGUUACUGAUAUAAUUGUCCAGCAGUCCAAUAGGCUUAAUAAGAUUAGGAAAAUGUAUGCAAGGCUGAAGAAUAUAGAGAAGUGGAAUAGAGCUAGGGAAAGGUAUAAUCAUAGAAAUUGAAGAGAAAUUAAUUGAACUUAGAGAUGGAUUAACCUCAAUAUAUCCUAGAAAUGGAUUUAUAGACUUGAGUUAUAGUUUUACGUUAGGAAAAUAAGUUUUAGGUAAUGUUUUUGUAACAUACUAGUUAGUGAGUAGCAGGAUAUUGGCUUGCUGUCUAUUUUAGUAGUCGUGGUAUUACUCUUAUUUUUUGAUAACAGUUACUAUUUGUAUUUUGUGUAGGUUGAUUAUAAUAGUAUUUUAUUGUAGUA